AUGGCCGCUUUCGUCAACGUGUAUCGAUAUAGUGAGAUUGGGGAACUGUUGAGACUCAAAGGAUGCGCGAAGACUAAGUUCAUGGGAUUCAUCGCAAAGAUGGCCGGGUGCAUCAGCUCUGACUCCGGUCCCCUUAACUUCGUUUACGACGGCCACGCUUCGAAAGCGUACAAACCGCAAAGCACAGGUUCCAAACGUUCCAUUGCAGACGGUUAUUGGCGUCCUCCCGAUCAUAAGCGCACGCUUCAGUCGAAGAGCUGGAGAGCAGGGAUAACGGCCAUCUCUCCUUCGGUCCUGUUUCAUAAAACCAAUGCAAGCCCCACUUCGACGAUCGUACCGCCUUUCCUAGGUCCACCAUGGCUCGCACGACCCGGCCACUUGCAUCCCUUCGUCCAUCGACUCACGAAGGGACCUCACACGUACAUUGAUCAUCUGAUCUGUUGCGCCCCUCUACUCGUUGCCCUGAACUUAUCAGUUACCCGAUUCCCGACGCUAUGUGUCGUUACAUACAUGGUAUAUCACCCAACAGCCGCAAUGUCUGCCCGUGAGACCAGCAAAACAUUGUCUCUGGAUGCAGCGUUCACCGUGUAG